AUGAAUCGUGGUGCUGAAUCAAACGCGGAAAUUUCGAAUAGGAGAAGACUUUUCGAAGAGCAGCAAAAAGUAAGUUUUCACGAAAAAUUCGAGAAAAAACAUGAUUUUUUUUAGGAUUUCGAUGAUUUUUUCAUCGGUCUUGAUGGAACUCGAAUAAGAAAAUUGAAAUUCAGUGGAUACAACAACGAAAUGGAAAUAAUUUUUGAUGAUAAUACAAGAAUGUAUUUGUUAUUCUCAAAUUCAAUGGUAAAAUUGGAUCGAAAUUUGAGAAGGAAUAAAAUGGGUCGAACUUUUCGCGUUUUCAAAGUUCCAAUUCAAGAAUUCGCAAUUCUCACAAAAAUCGAAGUCGAAAAGAAUCGCGAGCAAAUGAUCGCAAAAUACUUUCAACUUAUCAUCCAAAAAUCACAAGACAAUUUGAAAUACAUCGAAAUGCAUACCGAUUAUCGAUUUCCUUUUGAAUCAACAACAAUUCGAAAUUGUUUGAAUUUGGAGGUUAUUGAGAUUCAAAAUUCGAGCACAUUUAAGCGGAAAAUCGAUUUUUUCAAGUGCGGUUUCAUGGAUCAACGCAUGUUUCGAUCGAUUUCCAGCGAAAUUAUGAUUUAUGGAUUUUUACUCGCCGCAAACAUGUUUGAAUUCGAAAAAAUGCGCGCCAAAACCGUCUCAUGCGAUCACAUUUGCGGCAACAUUCACGUGGCAUUGAAUGGAUAUUUGAGAAGAUUCGCCCAAAAUCAACUCACAAAUGUGAUGGAUAAUAUCGAUAUGGAAUUGUAUGUGCCGAAAACGGGCAAUUCGGAAAAUGAGAAUGAGGAAGAAGAGGAGGAGGAGGAGAGAAUGUUGCAACCGCAGUUGAAGAAUGUUUUGGGAGGAUUUGAGACGGUUGAUGAGCCGAAUAUGUGGGUUUUUUGAAGGGUUGUGAGGUUUUGGGUGGAAAUUCGAGAUUUUUUUGUUGGAAUUCAGCUUUUUCAGCUUCUACACGUCAUCUUUAGAGUACAAAAGCUUCUGAAAAGCUGAAAUUGGCUAGUUUCAGCUAUAAAACGCUGAAAAUAAGCUCAAAACGAGCUGAGAAAUCUGAAAAUAGUGCAUUUUCAGCGAUAAAAUGCUCCGGAGCCUAGACUUUUGAGAAAAAUCAAGCCUCAAGGCUGAAAAGCGCUAGAAUAAGCUCCGAGACAGGGCUGGGCGGAAUCGGCACGCCGAUUUGCCGAAAUGCCGAGUUUUCCUGAUUUUUCGGCAAUUUUUGAAGUCGGCACUACCGCCCGAAAAUAUUUUCGGCAGUUUUUCAAGUCGGCAUUACCGACCGAAAGAUUUUUCGGCACUUGAUAGAAGCCGAAUUUCGUACCGAUUUCAAAAUGUGCCGAAAUCACAACCGAAAUGUUCUCCAGUAAAAUAAAAAAUGUGUUUUUACCUCUAUUUUCUGCAGAAUGUCUUGUUUUACCUUCAUAUCUAUUGAGUUAUGACUAAAAUAAAACUAAAAUAUAAUUUUAUUCAUUUUUCUAUCAUUUUUUAUAGUUUUUAAAAUUUCUGAAUCACUGCCAAAAUGCCGAAUUUGAACAAAAUCGGGGUGCCGAAUUGCCGAAUUUUUUUUCGGCAAAAAAGUCGGUAUCCCGAAAUUCCGAAAAAAAAUUUCGGCACAAGAAGUCGGCAUCCCGACAAGCCGAGAAAAUUUUCGGCACUAAAAGUCGGCGUUGCGAAAUGCCGACAAGUAAAUUCCGCCCAGCCCUGCUCCGAGAGCUGGAAAACUAUUGAAAAAUUGGAAAAAAAAGUUAUGACGUGGCAAAGUUGCACUGAAACUGUAUUUUUUUGAAAAUAAAAUAAUUUUCCGAAAAUUUCAGUAUGACAUUUGCCACGUCAUAGGUCAAAAUAAUGAAUAUUGUGCCACGUGGAUUUUUUUCCAAAAAUUUCAAAAAAAAAUCUUUGCAGCACUCCACAACGCAUCAAUUUCGCCAUCCGAAACCAAAACCAUUACAUCUCCGUCGAAUGCUAUGGCAAGAAUUUCAGCAUGGCUCUGAGACGACAUUUCUGA